GUGAUCUGUUUGAUAUGUUACUGCCAAUGUUGGGUGUCUAUCAGGAGUACGUUCGAAACCACCAUUACUCCCUCCAGGUCCUGGCCGAGUACAAAAUGAAGGAGGAGUUCAACAGAACUCUCAAGAGAUGUGAGGAAAAGUCCCAAUGCGAGGGCAGAUCAAUUGAAUCCUUCCUUACCUGCCCUAUGUAUCAGAUACCACGAUAUCUUGUUACGCUUCACGAAAUUCUCGCUCACACACCGCAUGAACAUGUCGAUAGAACCAAUUUGGAGUAUGCGAAACGCAAGCUAGAGACACUUUCUCAAGUGAUUCAUGAUGAGGUGAGUGAAACGGAAAAUAUCCGCAAGAAUUUGGCAAUUGAACGCAUGAUUUCAGAUGGUUGUGACAUCCUUCUUGAUGCAAAUCAAGUUUUUGUCCGACAAGGUACUUUGGUCCAAGUGACAAUGAAUAAAACAUCGUAUCCUUGUCCUCGAAUUGGUCAACUUGGACCUUCGUCGUGUGAGAAGAAAGAACGAUUAAGACAGGCCUUUUUGUUUACAAAUCAUCUUCUGAUAGCAACUAGAACAAAUUCGGGAAGGCUAAAGUUGGCUAAGAAAAAUGGGAAAAUCCCUCUACAUGGCUGUACGCUCAUUGAAGAUAUGCCAUUCGACAUAAGUCAAGAUGAUAGCAGUCACGGCUCCCCACCUCAACAUGAGACACCAGAGGGAGGUCUGAGUCCAGUGUCAAGGACGUUGAGUAUUCACAGCUUUGGAGGUCAGGAGGACACCAUAACCACAGAAGCUCAGCAGGGGCAAUCACAACAAUCACAGCCUGCACCGCCAUCACCUCCGUGGAAUCUUGUCCCUGCCAAGUUGGCACAUGGAUCACUCAUGCUGGCUGCCUUGGCUCUUGGAACCACUGGAACUGAUAAUUCAGGCAAACCAAAGCGGGACACUCGGACUGGUUCCUUCAAUCGGAAGACCGCGACAGAACAUUCAGACGAUGAUAGUCCCACACGUGUUACCACAAUCGCAACACCCUCUUCUGCAGUUAACGCUGCUGCAAAUCAUCCACAUCAAUUGGACAACUACAAAAACUUGAUGUUCCAGAUCACUUGGCCAGGAGAUGACGAGGAAAACUGCAGCAUUUGGUUUCAAUCUAUUGAUUACCUUAAUACGUUCCUACUCACAUAUCGUAUUUUCACAACUGGUCCGACAAUUAUUGCCGUUCUCCGAUGUGUUCUCCGAGAUCCUCUCAUUCAACUGGCUUCAACUAAGAUAAAUGCGGACCUAUUCGAUUCGAUGCUGCAAGCAAAACCUGGUUGCGGUAGACGAGCGAGUCAACAACACAACGAUACCUUACCACUUCCUGGAGUAAAGGGGGGACGUCGGGUAUCCACCGGAAUGUUAGAUGCCAAACGUCAUCAAAUUUUCAUUCCAAGACGACAUCUUGCAACGGAACAUGUUCUGGAGGAAGAAGAAUGGGAAGAUUCGUCCAGUGACAAUAUGAUUGAGGGAGUUGAUCAACUGCGUUUAAGAAGUGCUUCGGAGGGAAAUAAACCAACCCUCUUUCCCGUAGAAGAGUCUACAAAGGUGACUGGGAAAGCUGGUGGAAAGAAAAUUUCGUUUGAAGGAAGUAAAAUAUCCGAAACUCCAACCAAACUCUCAUCUAAAGAAGGGAGCUCCGGUUUGUUACCAAUCGGUGAAGAGCAUCAACGCGGCAUCGCAUCGUCAGUAAAAAAAGAGGAAAAUGCAUAUGACAAAAUCUCUGCCUUCAAAGUACCUGCAAAGCCAUCACAAUCCAAGCCCAGUCCCUUGAGUAAAUAUCUAAGAGGUCAUUGUUUAAUUUUCUCAACUACCGAGGUUCCACAAUAG